UAUAUUCUCGGUCCCUCGGCUGUCGCGCGCUAUAUUGUACCCAUCGAGACCGAAGAAACCAGAAGCAUGAGUUCCUUGAUGAUCCUAUCAUUGGUCAUUGGCCUCCAUGUUAGUGCCGCAGUAGAUGGCAUGAUGCCGACGAAACAUUAUCGGGACCACCCGUGUAUACGGACUUGUAGAGUGAACGCUCCAAUGGUCUGUGAGUAUGAUUUUCGCGCCGAGACCUUCUACACCCUCACCAAAGCCUGUCGUGACUGUCCCCAUAACGUCACCGACUGUUACAGACCCGGAUGCAUAUCGGCUGACGGAAAUUCCCGAGCGGUUCUAGUCAUCAACAGGAUGCUACCAGGGCCUGCCAUACACGUAUGUGAGGGAGAUACAGUUGUCGUUAACGUUCAUAACAAGUUGAAUGGCGAAGGUAUAUCAAUUCAUUGGCAUGGUAUCCUGCAGCACGGCACCCCACACAUGGACGGGGUUGGUAUGCUGACACAAUGCCCCAUACCAGAAUUCACUUCAUUUCAAUACCGAUUUACAGUCAGCGAUCCUGGGACUCAUUUUUGGCACGGGCAUUCUGGACAUCUUCGCUCUGAUGGAAUAUUCGGCGCCUUUGUUGUUCGACAAGCAGUAGAGCGUGAACUUCACCACGGUCUCUAUGACUACGACCUCCCCGAACAUACUAUGCUCGUCAACGAUUGGCUAAUUGAAUUAACUAUGGAUCGGUUUGCCAAUCAUCAUCAAGCUAGCGGAGACAAUAAACCAGCCUCUAUGCUCAUCAAUGGCAGGGGAGCUCAUCGUGUUUUCUACAACAGUGAUCUAAAUGAGAACAUCACAACACCAUAUGAAGUGUUUAAUGUUGAGCGCGGACGUCGCUACAGGUUCCGGAUUAUAAGUAAUGGUAUGUUGAACUGUCCAAUCCAGCUAUCUGUCGAUAACCAUACACUUCGCGUCAUCAGCAGCGAUGGAAACCCUUUUAAACCAAUAGACGUCGACAGUAUUAAUAUAUUCGCCGGUGAGAGGUAUGAUGUAGUCAUUCUGGCUGACCAGGAGGUGGGAAAUUACUGGGUUAGGGCGAGGGGACAAGCUGAUUGUGAUGUAAAAAGCGCCUUCCAGCAAGCAAUCCUUCGGUAUGAUGGAUCCGCUGCGGAGUUUCCAACUCUUCCAACAGGACAUCAGUUUGGAGCUCGAUACGGAAAGAAACUUAAUCCAUGGAAUAAAAAAGCAACAGAAAUGCUUGUACCAGUAUCGCUACUUGAGAACUUGCGUCCCUCAAACGAAGCACUCAAGGAAACACCAGACAAGAAGUUCUAUCUCUCUAUGGAUUUCAACAACAUUGACAACUUCAACUUUUACGUAGGACCUGAAUAUGUGUCUCCUUCAGUUGUUGUUGAGGCGUACAACCACCUGCUGUCGCCGCAAAUUAACUAUAUCAGUAACACACUGCCGCCCUCUCCUCCCCUCUCACAAUUCCACGACAUACCACAGGAGAUGUUCUGCAACGCCGACACGGUACAACGAAACUGUUCGGAGGAGUUCUGUGAGUGUGUACAUACACUGAAGGUAGACCUAAAUGACACAGUUGAAAUCGUCGUUAUAGAUGAAGGAAAGAUCUGGGAUGCCAAUCAUCCUAUGCAUCUUCACGGUCAUAAGUUCAGGGUAAUAGGUAUGGACAGGCUAAACAAGUCCACGACCCUUGAGGAGGUACAGAGGCUGGACAAUGAAGGCAAACUGAUAAGGAAUCUUACAUCCCCGGUUGAUAAAGAUACAGUUACAGUCCCGGACGGGGGAUAUGUCAUUCUUCGUAUCCACGCCAACAACCCAGGUUUCUGGUUUAUGCAUUGUCAUAUUGAAUUCCAUGCCAACAUCGGAAUGGCCGUUGUGCUUCAGGUCGGCGAGUUCGAUCAGAUGCCUGCCGCGCCUGCUAACUUUCCCCGGUGUGGGAGUUGGCCCUAUACUCCGGAAACAGUAACACCACCUGUAACUGACGCUGCAUCCUCAAUACACAUCCAUCUCUUGCCUUUGAUUUCGGUGCUCUUAUCUUACAUUCUGUAGAUGUGAUGACCUGUUUGAGACAUACUAAGAGGUUAUACAUUUCUAAAUGCAAUAUCAUUUGAUCAUCAGUUUUAUAUCCAUUGUUACCAGUAGAUGUCCUAUUCUAUUGUGAUAUGUUCUAUUGUUUUGUGAAAGCAUAGUGCAGUAUUUUAUCAGUUGUCGUAUACUGUAACGUGUACAUACUUUUAUGUUUGUUGACACGAACAAAUUUAAGCCCAUUAGCAAAUUUUCAAUGACUGGCAUAAUGAUGAACAUGUGCACGUACAUAAUAUACUAUAGGAGUAGUAUAUAGAAAUGCAAUAAGCGCCAUCAUAUAUAAGAGCAAUAAUCCCAGCGCUAAAACAACCUCCCGACUAUACUAUGUACAUUUACAACAUAAUGAUGAUGUUGUAUAACUUUGAAAUAUUAUAAUGUCUAUUAUAUGUAAUAUAUUGCACUUUUAUAGAUAUCAUAAAUCAGUAAUAUGUAGUUUACUGCUAAUUUGCUUGACGUUUUUUAUAAUUAUAUACCAUACAUGUAUGUUUUGCUAAUUAGAAUGUCUGUACAAUGUUUUACAGCACGAUUCAUUUGAUACUGUUAAUCUGAUUACCCAUUUUGUGUAUAUAAAUGAGUAUCAAUAUAUCAUCUGUCAGAUAUGACGACGUACUUUGUUUUGUAACUUGUAAAUGUUAUAUGAUGUUUUAAAUGCAAUACCGAUUUUGUUGUAUACUAAGUACAAUAUAUGUUUUAAAAUUCUGGUAAAGGGGCCGCGGUGGUCGAGUGGUUAAGGUGUCCCAACACUUCAUCUCUAGCCCUCCAAAACUGGAUCGCGAGUUCGAAACCCUCGUGGAUCAAUUGCCUGGUGCUGACAGCAUUUGAAAUUUGAUUUUUCCAGAAACACACAUGUGCAUGGCCACGAUCACGCUGAGCAAUCGGGACACCUCGGAUGUCAUUCUAUGACAACACAUCCAAGGAGUUCCGAGCACACGCCGAGGUAGUGACUAAUAAUCUACCCAAUUCCUUUCUUUACGGAAAUAAAUAAAUCCGGAUUAUUAAUGUUAUCUAUAUAAAUUGUUAUAUAUAUCAUUAAUUUUAUAAAAUCCAUAAAACGAUGAGAAAGAAUGUAUGAAUGACUAGCGAAAUAUUGGAAAAAAUCAUGAGAAAAAGUGAAAAUACAGUGUAUGCUGAUUGUAAGGAAAAAGAAUUGUACAGUAUAUAUAUAGAUGACGAGUGAAAGACUGAACAAACUAAGUAGAAAAAUAUGAAUGAAUGAGUGAAAGCCCUCCUGCGAGAGGACACCUAUUGUAUUGUAUAUAUUAUGUGUAAUAUGAAUAAAAUAUGUUUUUAUA